AUGGAUACCAAAAGCACACGCGGUGGCAAGGAGAAGAAUGAUAAGAGAGUUUCGUCGGCUAGCGAGGAUAGUUUGAAUGAUUUUAAGACUCCGCCGUCAACUAGGGCUUCCAAGUCGUUGGAUGUUAAACACAGUGGGUUUGACAGCGAUAAUUCUCCGGCUGUAAGAUCUAUUAAUUCUAGUUUUGAUAAUAGACCAGUAUCACCACCAGACGACAGCUUAGCCGACUUCAAGUCUCCCAAAUUAGGACCCAAACCUACCGUAAAACUCCUUGACAAGCCCACAAAUAAAACAAGGUCCAAAAAACCAACCCGGAAGCUCAAUACUAACAAAAAAGACUCUAAUCAAAUGUCAAUAGAAUCCUCAUUCUUCAAACCAACUACAUCAUUCCCCUGUCCUUUAUGUUUAAAAACUUUCUCAGACUCUACAAGCCAGAUCACUCACUCAAAAACUUGCGCCUCUAAAAAUAAAGUAUCAACCCGUACAUUAUUAGAAGCUGUAGCUCUGCAAGAGCGUCAAGCUGAAGAACGUCGCGCAAUUGGCUUGCCAGCUCAACCUUUUGCACAACCAAAAAGAAAAUCUACGUUCCGACGUUCAGAUUUUUGCUCCGAAGAUCCAAAUGUCCAGUUAGCUCUUGCGUUGUCUGAGUCUCUUAAAGAAGCUCAGGAUUUAGAAGAGUUAGACGCUGCAAUUGCUUUAACGGGUGAAGAAAUUUUAUUAAGCUCCUCUCAGAGGCAAAAUACGCUAAAGAAUUUUGGAUUUUUGACUAAUAAGCAGACUGUUGAAGUAAUAGAAAGGCCUAAAAAGAAGAAAUUGAACUCUCAGACUGUUCUUCAGACCCGGAGCCAAGAAACUAGGCAGAGAUUGUUGGCUGAAAGAAUUGCUGAGGUCAUUGUUGAUAAUUCUGAUGCUACUUGGGUUAAUUUGGAGGUUCAAGAUGAGCUGGGAGAAAUUAAAUUGAUUAGUAAGGUGUUGAAGGAGAUUUUGGAGCCGGGGAGAAAACUUUGGAAUGGAUCGUCGGGGAAAAAAAGAGGUGAGUUUUAUUAUGUUAAAAAUUUAGAGGGAUUUAUUGAUCCUAUAGAUCUUGAUGAGGAUCAAAAUAUUGAUCCAGGAGAAAAUUUUGUUAAUCAGAAUGAAAUUUUAGAGUUAGAUUUUAAGGAAAAAAAUUCUAGAGGGUUUAAAAGUAGGAAAAAAGAAAAUAAAGAGCUUAAAGAAAUGGAACAAGCUCUUGAAUCUUCGAAAAAAAUUUUGGAACGGUCAAAAAGUGUCUUAGAAUCUGCUGAAAAUUGUAGCUUUAAUUCUUCUGAAGAAAAUUUAAUUUUAAAUGAAAAAAAUUGUAAAGAAGAUUGUGAAGAAAUAAAAAAUGAAUAUUAUUUAAAUGAUGAAAAAAAUGUUGGAGGUACUUUAAAAAGGUGGAAAUUAAUUGGAGAAAAUUCUUAUAAAAAAGAAGAAAUAAAAAAAGACAAUUUUGAAAUUCUAGAAAAAAAAAUUGGAGAAAGUUCAAAAAAUUUGAAAGCAACUGGGGAAAAUUUUUUGGAGAAUAGUUUGCUAGAGUCUGCUGGAAAAAAUUCAAUUUUAAAUAAAAAAGAAGAAAUAAAAAAUGAAAAUUUGAAAAUUCUAGAAAAUAAAAAAAUUGAAAAAACUCCAAAAAAAAUGAAAUUAACUGGAGAAAAUUCUUUAACAAACAAUUGGCUAGAAUCUGGUGGAGAAAAUUUAGAUUGUAGUUUUAAAUUUUCUGAAGAAAAUUUGGUUGAAAAUAAAAAUUCUAAAGAAGAAAUAAAAAGUAAAAAUUCUUUAGAAGAUAAUAAGAAAAUUGAAGAAACUCCAAAAAAAAUUGUAGAAAAUUCUUUAUCAAAUAGUUGGCGAAAAAUGUUAAAUUCUUCAGAUUUAAGCGAUGUAAUUAUAUUAUGUGAAGAUGAUAAAUUUAUUUAUGGUCACUCUGUUGUUCUUUGGACUCGUUGUCAAUUUUUGUACCGUGAUUUAGUAAAGAUUGAUCAAGUUAAUAUAAAAAAUUUAGGAUCUAUAGAUCAAUUUAAGUACCAGAUAAAUUGGAGAGACAUUGAUUUUUUUACCGCUUUAGUAUUUUUAGAAUUUAUUUACUGUGGGUAUAUUCAAGAUUUAAAAGUAGAAUUUGAUAAAUUAAAUUUGAUGGUUAAAAAAUAUAAUUAUGAUGAAUUGAGCGAGUAUUUAAAAAAUUGUACAAGUUAUAAUUAUUGUAAUAAUUGUAAGAAUAAUGAAAGUGUUGAUGAAGAAGUAGCGAACUUUUUGUCUCCGGGUAAUUUUAAGAGUAAUAAUACGAAUUUAACUAUGUCUCCGGAUAUUUUUGAUGAUGAAGAUUCAAUCUGUGAUAAUUUUGGUAAAAUAGACACUAAAAAUGAUUUAAGUAUUGAUUUUAACUCUUUAAAUGAAGAAGUUGAUCAAAAAGAAGAAAUAAUUGAUAACAAUUCAAAAACUCUAAGAAGAUCAUCAACUUGUCCAAAUAUUGAAAAAAUUCAAAGUUUUUCUGAAGAUUUAAACGACACGUUAAAAAAAACACGGAGUGAUUUGAGCGUAUUCAUAGAAAAAAUCCAAAGAAGAAAUGCUAGAGACAUUUUAUCUGACAGGGAUGAAGAUUCAUUUCUUCCCGAGAAAGAAGCUAAAAAAAUUAACAAGUUUAAAAAAGUAGAUCAAUCUAUAACAGACAGGUACAAAAAUAUUGACCUAAACUCUUGUAAUAUUAAUUUGCGACGCGGAAGUCGAUUUUGGGCUGCGAAAAAAUCUAUUGAAAAGCCUGAAAAAGUUGUUAAAAAAUCAGCUUUGAGUAUUUUUGAAGAUGAUAUUAGAGAGAAAGUUGCUAAAAAUCAAUUAAAAAAUUUUGAGAUUGAGAGCGAUGAAGAAAUAAAAGAUCUUUCUAAUUUAACGCAAAGUUUUGAAAGCAACGAUCCAAAUAUUUCUAUGUAUUCUAAAUAUAAACUUACUCAUAAGGAGAAUAGUAUUGCUUAUUACAGAAAUUUGAUAAAAGAAAGCGAUUCUGAAGAAGAAAUACUUAAUUUUAGCCAGAAAGUCUCAGAACAAGGUCUUAAGAGCCCAGCGCCAUCUGUUGGAUCAAAUAGACAACAAUUCUUAGAUCUGUGCAGCCCAGCGCCAUCUGUUGGUUCAAAUAUUGAAACAGAAAAAGACGCCAUCUGGGAAGAUGAUUUAGAGGUUAAAAUUGAUAAUAAAAAAUUAGAAGAUAAUGUUUUAAGUCAAAAAUCUCUUCUUGAUAUUGACUUUAAUGAAAAUGAUUUUGAAGAUGAUGAUUUUGUUGAUGAAAUAAUUGAAAAGUCUUUUAGUUUACAAAAAUCUGGUGAAUUUAAAGGUUAUAGUCAAUCAUUUAAUUCUGACAAAGUUAUUGAUGUAGAUGAAGAAGUCUCAGAACGAGGUCUUUGCAGUCCAGCGCCAUCUGUUGGUUCAAAUAUCGAAACAGAUAAAGACGCCAUCUUAGAAAGUAAUUUAGAGGUUAAAGUUGAUGAUAAAAAUUUAGAAAAAAGUCAAAAAUCUCUUCUUGAUAUUGACUUUAAUGAAAAUGAUUUUGAAGAUGAUGAUUUUGUUGAUAAAAUAGUAGAAAAGUCUUUUUGUUUACAAAAAUCUGUUGAAUUUAAAGGUUAUAGUCAAUCUUUUCAUUCUGAUAAGGUUAUUAAUGUAGAUGAAGAAGACUCAGAAGGUUUUAAGAGCCUAGCGCCAUCUGUUGGCUCAAAUGGACAACAAUUCUCAGGUUUUUGCAGCCCAGCGCCAUCUGUUGGUUCAAAUGUUGAAAUAGAAAAAGACGCCAUCGUGGAAGAAGAUAAAAAUUUAGAAAAAAGUGUUUCGAGUCAAAAAUCACUUGAAUUUGAUAAAAAUAAUUUUGAAGAUGAUGAUUUUGUUAUUAGUUUAGAUGAAGAUGAUAAAUCAAAAGAUUCUUUUAAAAAUCAGAUAAAGAAGAAACGAGAAGAAUAUCAACAACAAAUCAACUAUAUUUACAAGAAUUAUCUAGAAGAAAUAAAUAAAAAAAUUAUAAAUAAAGAAGAAAUAAAUAAAAAACAAUUAAAUGAAGGAGAAAUAAAUAAAGAAGAAAUAAAUAAAGAAAAAAUUAAUAAAGAAGAAAUAUGUAAUUAUUUAAAAUUAAAUGAAGAAAAAGUCACUAUAUCUUUAAAUAUUGACCCAAAAAUUGACUAUAGUCUUCUUUCUACCCCAGAGUUAAACCGAAAGUUAAAUUUAUAUGGUUUAAAAAACCAAAAGCGCCACCGCGCGGUAAAAUUACUUACUUACAUUUAUGAGUCGCUUAAUCCGUUAAUUCCUGAAGAAAUUGUACAAAAAAAAUCGGGUUUUUUUGAUAAGCAAGAAGAAUAUAAAUGGAGAAUUGACUCCCUCUUGCGGACGGAUGAUGAAGAUGAUAAUAAUAGAGUUUCUGUUGGAGAAAAAAAUGAUUGUGAGUCUUUAUCUUCGGAGCUUCCGGAAGAAAUGGAUCUUAGUGAUGAUGAAUAUGACCAGAAAGAUCUUAAAAGUGUUAAGGAAACUUUUGGAAUUUUACUUGGGGAAGAUGAUGAUCUUCAUAGGAAAGUUUUGAUGUAUGAAUCGCUUCCGCUGGAAACUUUGCACGGUAUGAUUAAAGACCGUGGAGUUAAAUGUAGUGUUAGGGUUUUAAUGGAUUACUUGAAUGAAGAGUGUAUAGGCUUUUAUGUAGAAGCUCCCAAGAAGUGGUCGAAUGGUCGGAGAAAACCUAAAAAAUUAAAAUAA